AUGGGUGUCCCAGCGCUUUUUAGAUGGCUCACCAACAAGUACCCGAAGAUUGUCUCUUCGGUUAUUGAAGAUCAACCACAAGAAGUAGAUGGUCAGAUCAUUCCGGUCGACACUACUAAACCAAAUCCUAAUGGCGAAGAGUUUGAUAAUCUCUACCUCGACAUGAACGGGAUUGUGCAUCCGUGUUCCCACCCCGAAGACAAGGCUCCUCCGGAGACGGAGGAGGAAAUGAUGUUGGAAGUGUUCAAGUACACUGAGAGAGUUGUGAACAUGGUGAGGCCUCGCAAGCUUCUCAUGAUCGCUGUUGACGGUGUCGCGCCACGUGCAAAGAUGAAUCAACAACGGUCAAGAAGAUUUAGGUCCGCAAAAGAGGCGAAGGAGAAGGAGGCCGAUACCGCAGAGUUUAUCAGGAUGCUCGAGGAGAAGAGAGGCAGUAAGGUCGACGACUCGCUUAAGGAUAAGAAAGUCUGGGAUAGCAAUGCUAUCACUCCCGGAACUCCUUUCAUGGAUAUUCUUGCGGCAUCAAUUAAGUAUUGGAUUGCGUAUAAGCUUAAUACUGACCCUGCCUGGGCUAAAAUGAAAGUGAUCAUUUCCGACUCCACUGUUCCUGGAGAAGGUGAACACAAGAUCAUGGAAUUUGUUCGUUCCCAGCGUGCCUCGCCCGACCAUGAUCCUAAUACUCGUCAUGUGAUCUACGGGCUCGAUGCUGAUCUCAUCAUGUUGGGUCUCGGCACCCAUGAGCCUCACUUCCGUGUCCUCCGUGAAGAUGUCUUCGCACAGGAAGCUCGCGCCAAGACUUGCAAGAUCUGUGGCCAAAAGGGCCACCGUGCAGAAGAAUGUACCGGAAAGGCGAAGGAGAAACAGGGCGAGUUCGACGAGAAGUCACAUGCUCCGUCCGUAAAGCCAUUUGUAUGGCUGCAUGUUGGUAUCCUCCGUGAGUAUCUGGAGGUAGAACUCCAGGUGCCCGGGCAAGGAUUUAAAUUUGAUCUUGAACGCGCCAUUGAUGAUUGGGUGUUUAUGUGUUUCUUUGUCGGUAACGAUUUCUUGCCACAUCUUCCGAGUUUGGAGAUUAGAGAGAAUGGAAUCGAUACUCUGAUGGCUGUCUGGAGAGAUAACCUCCCUGUGAUGGGUGGGUAUGUAACGAAAGACGGUAGCGUUGAGUUAAAGAAUGUUCAGUUCAUUCUUGAUGGUCUUGCGAAGCAGGAGGAUGCUAUUUUUAGGAACAGAAGGAAGGUUGAUGAGCGUCGCGAGGAAGGCGCAAAGAGGAGGAGAUUGAACGAGUCUGGCGGUGGUAGAGGGGGCCGAGGUGGGAGAGGUGGUUUUGGAGGAAACGACUCUCCAGCAGAUUCGCCGCAGGGCGCUGGUAGAGGUAGAGGAAGGGGUCGCGGGCAGCCCGACUCGGCCCCGCCGCCUAUGAUCCCGUUAUUCAAGCCAGGCGAUAUCACGAAGGACACGAGAAAGAUGAAUUACGACAUGGUCAUGAACAGGGAGAACAUUAGAAAGGCAAACCUGGAAAAUAAGAGUGCUGCACAGGCGCUUAAAGCCCAACUCAUGGGUGGAGGAUCCGCCGAAGCCCCAGUAGAAGCUCCUGUUAAUGCUGCUGAGGUUGAGGAGGAGAUGCCCGAUGAAUCCUCAACAGCAGUGGCUUCCCCAGUCGCUCAUAAGCGGAAGGUCGACGAAGUUGCGCCUAGUACUCCCCCAACUCCCGCUGAUGGUGAAAUGCCGCCUGACACUGUGCGUCUGUGGGAAAAUGGAUACCAAGAUAGGUAUUAUGAGCAAAAGUUUGGUGUUUCACCCGACGAUUAUGCGUUUCGCAAAAAGGUCGCAGAUGCUUACGUUGAGGGUCUCUGCUGGGUCCUCUUAUAUUACUUUCAAGGCUGUCCAUCGUGGAACUGGUAUUACCCAUAUCAUUAUGCCCCGUUUGCCCAAGACUUUAAGGAUCUCGGUAGUCUCGACAUAAAAUUUGAGCGUGGGACUCCGUUCAAACCCUUUGAGCAGCUCAUGGGAGUUCUCCCAGCUGCUAGUAAAGUAAAUCUCCCUGAGCCAUUCCAAAAGCUCAUGACCGACGAGGACUCCGAGAUUAUCGACUUCUACCCGGAAAAUUUCCCAAUCGAUCUUAAUGGGAAGAAAUUUGCUUGGCAAGGUGUUGCACUGCUGCCGUUCAUCGAUGAGAAGAGAUUGCUAGAUGCCGCGCAGAGGAUUUACCCUUUGCUGAGCAAGGAGGAUGCGGGAAGGAAUGCCAUGGGUCACGAUGUGUUGUUUGUUGCGGACACUAACGAACUCUAUGACGAUGUCGCAGCAAAGUUCUAUAGUAAGAGACAGGAUGUUACCAAAUAUACCAUUAACCCACAUAAAUCCCAAGGUCUCUCCGGCACCGUCGGCAAAGACCCCGCCUACAUCCCCCGCUCCACACUUCCGUACCCCCUGAAAACUGGAGAAAUGCCCGAAAUCACCGACGAUCGCAGCAUGUCGCUUUUCUUCGAAUUCCCCAAGUCCAAACAUGUCCAUAAAUCUCAACUUCUCCGCGGUGUAAAGUUCAACGAACCUGUCCUCACCCGCGCGGAACAAGAGGAGGUGAAACGCCGCUCCACUAACGGUGGUCGCAGCUACGGCGGCGCACAGCUUUACCGCAAUAACUCUGGGCGUGGCCGCGGCCGCGGCGGAGGCGGAGGCGGUGGAGGAGAUUAUGGCAAUAACCACCAGGGAAGCUUCAGAAGUGACAGAGGAGGAGGAGGGGGUCCACCCAGCUAUGGUGCCGGGACAUGGUCGGCACCUCCACCGCCGCCGCCGCCGCCAGGAACAUGGGGUGGCAACAAUAGCUGGGCUCCACCUGGAGCUCCCCCAAUGGCGGGCGGGCCACCGCCCAUGAGCUGGCGUAAUAACCCGCUUGGUGGGCCUGGGGGAUAUGCGCCUCCCCCGCCGCCCCCAGGGACUGGGUUUAGUUAUGGUCGGGGCGGAGGAUACUCAGGCGGCAAUAAUAGCGGCGGCGGAUACGGCCAGCAAUCAAGGGGUGACGACAGGUAUAGGCCUGGCGGAAACGAUAGGAGGGGUGGCGGCGGCGGAAACUACGGCGAUAGAGACGGCGGCAACGCUGGUGUUUGGAGGGGAAGCGGUGGAAAUAGAGGUGGUUAUCAGGGUGGUGGAAGUGGUAGAGGCUACCAGCAGGGGUACCAGAGAUGA